AUUAAAUUAUGCGAACUGAAUCCAUCUCAUUUGAAAAAGAAAUGGACAUUAUGAAAAAGAGAGCAUCUAGAAAAGAAAGAUCAAAAUUUGAAGAUAUUAUGUAUAAAUCUUAAUUUUAUCUUUAGUGAAGAAAAUGAAAAUUAGAAAAUGACAUGUUAUGAAAGCACUCUAAAUUGUUGUGGAUCAUAUUUUGGAACACUUAGAGCUUGGCUUCCAUGUUGUUGUUGUUGUUGUCCAUAUCCUUAUUUUCUUAUUACUUAAGGUUAUAAAGGUUUGCUUUAAAAAUUUGGAAAAUAUUAAAAAACUUUAGAACCUGGACUCCAUGAAAUAAAUCCGUAUAUUUUAUAUAAUGAUUUAUAGAUUCACUGAUCGUGUUAUUCCUAUUAGCACUAAAACUUUGUAAUAAUAAUAAUGAAUAUAUUUAAGUAUCAUUGAUUUAGAAAGAUAACUUGUUUUAACCAAAGACAAUAUUACUGUCAAUAUUGAUACUAUUGUUUAUUAUAGAGUUGUAGAUGUUAUGAAGUCUGCUUAUAGAGUUAAAAUGAUAGUAGAAGCAGUCAAAGAAAUCACCUAUGCUGUAAUAAUUCUUGAUAUUCAUUUUCUUAUAGACUUUACGUACAAUUUGUGGAGAACAUAACUUAUAAGAAAUUAUUGAAAAUAGAUAAAAAAUUGCAGAUGAAAUUGAAGCUUUUGUUUUUGAUGUUGUUUCUGAAUGGGGUAAAAUAAUUUAUUAAUAUUCAGGUAUAUAUUUGGAACAUAUUUUUAUUAAGGAUAUGCUUAUGAAUGAAGAAUUAUAAAAUUCAUUAUCAAAUGCUCCAAAAGCUUAAAGACUUGCUUAAUCUAAGAUAAUUUCUGCAUAAGUAUUUAUUAUUUUAAUUUAAGAGUGAUGUUUCUGCUGCUAAACUUAUGAGAGAAGCUGCUGACAUGCUUGAUUCAAGAGCUGCUAUGUAAAUUAGAUAUUUUGAUACCAUUUAAAUGAUUGCUAAAAAUCAUAAUCCAAAAAUACUUUUUCUAUCUAUGGAUUAAUAAAAUCAAAAAAAAUGA